UCUAGAUAUUUAAAAAUGUGAAAUCGUGGAUGACAUCAGCUGAAACAGACUGAUGCAAUCAUGAAAUAAGACUCUAAAGAAAAGGUCUGCUGGGUACUUUUCCUAAUGUUUAUGUAAAAUAGAGGCGAGAUGAGGGGUUCUCCCCAUCUAAUAGACACGAAGGAGACUAGAUAACCUAACUGUUCCAUUUGCUGUGAUAUAAUCUUUGUUUUUCCGAGCACAGAGACUAUAUAAUGUUUCAAACGUGCGUUUUGCAGAAAAGAUGGAAAGAAACUACUUUUAAACCAGAAUCUGAUUUUAAAUAGCUGUAAAAAGUGGACCACAUUGUCCUGAGUUGUUUGAGACCACGGCAAUCUUCUGUGCUCUUGCAUCAUUUGUUCACGCUACAAACGGCGGCCCUUGUGCGCAUGUUCCCUGGCUUUUCCAGUGGUCUCUUCUUCUCCAUUGGCUCCCCGCGCAGCCCUGCGAUCCGUCUUUACUUCAGACCAGCCCCCCAUCACAGCUGAGUGUGCGCAAAACGUGUGAGUGUGUGCAUUCAGCCCACGCUGCCUGGAACCGGUCUCUGCUUCUUCCCACGUUGCUCCGAACUGGACAAAUAAUAAGAAUAAUAAUUAACAAAAGAUGGAGAAAAAGAGUGAAAUCAACGGACACGCCAUUCCCAACUCGGAAUCCACAGAUCGGAUCAUGGAGAAAAGCGCGUGGAGCUUCAGAGAGAGGCUGAUGGAGUUCCUGAGAAGGAACCUCCUAGUGAUCCUGACCGUAUCCGGGGUUCUGGUGGGCGUCGGGCUCGGGAUGAUGGUCCGCAACAUGAACCUAACCAAAGCGCAGAUGACCUACUUCGCCUUCCCCGGAGAGAUGCUCCUCCGGAUGCUGAAGAUGAUCAUCCUGCCGCUGGUCGUGUGCAGCCUUAUAUCCGGCGCCGCCAGCCUGGACACCCGCUCCCUGGGCAAGCUGGGGGGCAUCGCGGUCGCCUACUUUCUGGUGACAACCCUGAUCGCCUCGGGGAUCGGGGUGGCCCUGGCCUUCAUCAUCAAACCGGGAGUCGGCGCAGGAGCCCUGAACACCAACAACCUGGGGCUGGAGAGCGUGAGCAGCAACAAAGAGACCACCGACUCUUUCCUGGAUCUGGCCAGGAAUCUGUUUCCAGCUAACUUGGUGGCUGCUGCUUUCCGCUCUUAUGCCACUGACUACAAGAUGGUUGCUGUGGGAAACAGCUCCAAUGGGACAAUCCUCUAUCAAAAGGUCCCAAUUGGCACAGAAACAGAUGGCAUGAACAUUCUGGGUCUGGUGCUGUUUGCCAUGGUGUUUGGAGUGGCACUGCGGAAACUGGGAGAAGAGGGAGAGGAGCUCAUUCGUUUCUUCAAUGCCUUCAAUGAGGCCACCAUGGUGCUGGUGUCCUGGAUCAUGUGGUACGUCCCCUUCGGCAUCAUGUUUCUUGUGGGCAGUAAGAUUGUGGAGAUGGAAGAUGUGGUUCUCCUGGUCACCAGUCUGGGAAAAUACAUCUUUGCUUCAAUCCUGGGCCACAUAAUUCAUGGAGGCAUUGUACUGCCCCUCAUCUACUUUGGUUUUACACGUAAGAACCCCUUCAGUUUCCUGUCAGGCCUCAUCACUCCUUUCACCACUGCCUUCGCCACUUGCUCCAGUUCAGCGACUCUUCCCUCCAUGAUUAAGUGUGUAGAAGAAAACAAUGGUGUGGACAAGCGUAUCAGCCGCUUCAUCCUGCCCAUUGGGGCCACAGUGAACAUGGAUGGAGCGGCCAUUUUCCAGUGCAUUGCUGCAGUCUUCAUCGCUCAGCUCAACAAUACUGAACUGAACGCCGGACAGAUCUUCACCAUCCUGGUCACAGCCACAGCCUCCAGUGUGGGUGCAGCAGGCAUCCCAGCCGGCGGUAUCAUCACCAUCGCCAUCAUCCUGGAGGCCAUCGGCCUGCCAACCAACGACCUGUCCCUCAUGCUGGCCGUCGACUGGAUUGUGGAUCGCACCACCACUGUGGUGAACGUGGAAGGUGACGCUCUGGGUGCAGGAAUCCUUCACCACAUCAAUCAGCAGGAGAUGAAGAAGCAACAGCUGCAGGAGGAAGAGCUGGCUGAGGUCCAGGUGGAGGCAGUGGCCAACGUUGAAGCAGAGGAAGAGACAUCGCCACUUGUUACACGUCAAACCAAAGCCUUGGAGGUCACACCUGAAGCCAUUGAGUCUGUUCUGUGAACUUGGCAAGACUUUUUUUUCUUGCACCGUUACCAUUUUGAGUUUUGCAUCUGACAUUGCUGCUGAUGGGGCAUCGCUCUAAAACAGAACAACAAAAAAGCAAAGCAAAACAAACAAAAAAACAAAAAAACAAACAAAAAAAAACAAAACAAAACAAAACAAAACAGAACUUCGCUGAUGAUUUCACUUGUUAAGGAAAAAAUACUAUAAAUUCAUACAAAGACAGACUGCAGUGCACCUAGUGCUGAUGUUCCAAGUAUUUUAACUCAUAUUAGGACAUAACUAAUUUCUUAAUUUUAUAAAACUGUCCUUAGUUAAUAACUUGAUUUAAAUAGCUAAUACAUUAGAAUUAUACACCUUUUGCUGGCAACACCUGCCAUCAUUUUAACUGUAAAACAAGCUAAAAGCAUUCCCAUAAAUGUUGGAGUUUUGUUGAUCAUGUAGUGUAUGAGACAGACGGCCCUCACUUUUCUGUAACAAUUAAGUUCAUUUUCUUUGUUUUCAUUUUCA